GCGGGUAGGUAGCUCGCAGAGCAAGACGACCGAAGGGGGAGAAAAAAAAAACCCAAACGGAAUAGAAGUCCGGAAAGAUGACCAGCAACUUGAAGGGCAUCACUCUCAAAGGAAGCGCGGAACUCGUGGCCGAGUUUUUCACAUUCGGUAUCAACAGUAUCCUGUACCAGAGAGGCCUCUACCCCCCGGAGACAUUCACCAGAGUCACCAAAUAUGAUAUGGGCCUCCAACUCACCACAGAUGUGGCGCUGAAGAACUACCUGACCAACGUGGUGGCAAAACUCAAAGAGUGGCUGUUUGACUGCACGGUGCAGAAGCUGGUGCUUGUCAUCACGUCCCUGGAGACCAACGAGGUGCUGGAGAGAUGGCAGUUUGACAUUGAAUGCGACAAGUCUUCCAAGGAGGAAAGUGCUCCCAGACAAAUGUCAAUCAAGACCAUUCAGGAUGAGAUCCGCUCGGUCAUCAGACAGAUCACAGCGACCGUCACCUUCCUGCCCCUGCUGGACACUGCUUGUGCCUUUGACCUCCUGAUCUACACUGACAAAAACCUGAUGGUGCCUGAGAACUGGGAGGAGUCUGGCCCACAGAUUAUCGAACAGUCGGAGGAGGUACGCUUGCGCUCCUUUACCACUUCCAUCCACAGGGUCAACAGUGCGGUGGCCUACAAGAGGACGGACUCCGUGUGACCUCUGAACCUGUGGCCCAACCAUCUCCUGUUUUAUUCAUGUUCCUGUUCAACGUUGAGUUCUCUUUUCUUCUUCUAUGUCUCCUCCCUUGACCAGGGGAUUGAAAUGUUCUUGUUCAUGUGAUGUAAAUUUCGUAUUUUGUCGUUCACACAUUUUUGUUUUGCGUCUUUCAUUUCCUGCCAUGUUUUGAACAAAGCUACCAGAAAAGAAAAAAAAUAAAUGUUCAGUU